CUCACCUAUGACUAUGCUAUCUCUGACAUGAAAAACCAGUUGUCCAAGCUGCAGACCGUGCAGGAGCGUGAAGACGCGAUAGUGAGCUUGCUAUCGAGCCUGCCUAGGUCUUCUAUAGCCAAGAUACAGGUCAGAUUAGGACCUCUUUUAAGGCUCGACAUUCUUGGGCUACUUCCCGAUGAAGUCGCGUUGCAGAUCUUCUCAUAUCUCCCUUGGGAGACUCUGGUUACGUGCACUCUGGUGAGCAGGAGAUGGGGGACCCUCGCAAACGAUGGCAGUCUGUGGCGCCGUCACUGCCAGGAGAAGAAGUGGGAAUGGCGAAGCUGCGUGGGGUCUCAAACAGACGGCCGGGCGCCGUCAACAUACGGAGACUCAGACGAUGAGGGCAUGGGCGACGAAGAAGACGAGCUGGUCGAACAGAUGCUGCUGGACGAUUCUGGCUUCUCUUCCAUGGCAAUGGAGGCCACACAGGCCUCGACAUCUAACUCACAUGUGGUCAAAGCGCUGUUAACCCAGAUCCAACCUGCCCGCAGACCGAUACUUCUACCAUGGCAUAUGCCGAUCCAACAUCAUCCGCCGGCGCCAUCGAAGCCAGACUACGAGCUACUUUUCGCCACGCACAUGCGUCUGAAGAACCGCUUCUACUUGGGUUCAUACAAUCUCUCAACGCUACAGACGCGGGGUGCGCCAAACGGUCACUCUAAUACCAUCUACUGCCUCCAGCUCUACACUUAUUCCGACACCGGCAUCCAAGUUCUAUUCACAGGUUCAAAGGAUCGAAGCAUUCGCGAGUGGGACAUCGCUGGGGGAGGACUCCGGCGCGUCAUCGAAGGCGUGCACGAGGGCAGUGUGCUCAGUAUAUGCGCAUACAACGGCCUUCUUGUCAGUGGGGGAAGCGACAGGAGGGUCGUCGUCUGGGAUCUUUCGACCGGCGAUCCUGUUCGCAUCCUUCGAGACCACACGGACAGCGUGCUCUGCGUACGCUUCAAUGAUCGCCGGCUUGUGUCCUGUUCGAAGGAUCGCACCAUCAGGACGUACUUGUUGCCCGACUUCAGGCGUCAGUUCCGCAUGGAAGAUCACCGUGCUGCCGUCAACGCCAUAUCCGUGUCUGGUGACUACAUCGUCUCGGGCUCCGGCGACAGAUCCAUGAAGAUUUGGAGCGCAGACACCGGUGAGCUUAUCAAGACAUUUGAAAAUCACCAUGGACGAGGACUCGCAGCCAUUGACUUCCAAGCACCUUACGUGCUCUCUGGGUCCUCCGACAAGCACCUCCGUCUCGUCGACAUCUCCACCGGCCGCGGAUGGUCAACAUCGCCAGACAUGGAUGAAUCCGUCGUUUCUCAAACUGCUGCGGGUGAUCCUUGCCCCGCCUGUGGAGGUGUCGCCAAACCAGGGGCUCCGCGUGUUCCCCAGAAGACACACGAGGAUCUCGUGCGGAGCGUCGUGCUCAACUCGGACUUCGUCAUUAGCGGAAGCUAUGACCAUACGGUCAAAGUUUGGGACCGCAGUACUGGCGCGCUCGUCGCUGAUCUUGCUGGCGGUCACACAGGACGUAUUUUCUGUGUAGGCUUUGACCAUUCGAAGAUUGUCUCUUGCGGUGAAGAUCAGCGAAUCUGCGUAUGGGAUUUUUCCCAUGGAAUCGACACCUCCUUCGUGAAGCUGCAAUAAGCACAUCCACAUUUAAUCUCACCUAUUUCCGUGCAUACAUAGGAUCUUUCGCACAUCUCGCUUUGUCGCGGACUAGGCAUCAUCACUGCAUAGGUUAUCAUAGAAUUUCAUGUACACUUCUACGUGUAUACAGUAUUUGCAUCCAGUAAUGGAUGCUACUCGGCGGUACCGGGGCAUAUCCUACUUGCCAGCCGAGUCACCCCGGUGGGCCUCGAAACAUCG